UUAUCUCAAAACAGAACACUAUUAGAAUACAACAAUAUAGUAAGGGUAAGGGUUCAAUUCUUUGGAGUUAGCUUCCUAAGGAUGGGGGCUUAAUUUUUUAACUUAGAUAAUAGUGCUACUUUCAUUACUUAAUGAUUGUCUCAAAUAAUAUGUGUUAUGCAAUGUUCAUACCAACAAAAAAUAUAAAUAAUAAAUUUUGAAUUUUCUCUCAUAGUUAUCAUUUAGAUUAAAAAAUAAUUUAAGAUUAAUAUAAAAUUAGUAAAUAGAAAUUACAAUAUAUAUAUUAUUAAAAAUAAAAUGAAAUUAUAUUAAAGACAUGUGAACUAUCUUAAACACAAGGUUAAGAGUCCACAUGGCUUCUACGGUGGACCACUGCAGUUUAAUUGUUCUAACAGUUCAUAUGGACAUGAGUUGUUGCCUUCCUAUCGUACCAAGGCUUCAGGAUUUAGGGUGGUGCGGUAUCCCCUCCCUUCACCAAUUCCAGGUGCUUUAGGUCCACUAUUCCCUUAAACUAAGGCAGCAAAUGCCUUCCAAUAAAUUUGGACCGUAGCCCCAAAAAAAGGUUUCCAAUUUCGGUGGAGUAGAAUUCAAACAAUGCAUAUGGACAGAGACCCCCCAAAAAUAAAUAAUUUCAUAUAAACCCCAAAUUGGAACCGACUAUAAAAUCCAAGAAAUUGUACACACUAUCAAAUAUAAACAAAUUAGAAGCAUGAAAACAUAAUAAAUCAGUUGUUAUCCAGCACAAAAGAAAUUUAAACGGCAACAAAAUCUCUUUUGAGCACAAACACCAAAAAACAUUCAAAAUCUACUUCAAAUCGCCAAAUCCGUUGAGGAAAUUGUAGCAAUGAACCAGUGGUUGGUGAGGAUUUUGGCAAGUUCGAAUCCCUCCAUGGAUUUGGAGAUGAAAGGACUCCGAUGGAUUUGGAGAUUAGGUUAACAAAUGCCUUCUAGCGGAGAUGAAAGGUCUUGGGCGGUUUUUCUCCCAAAAAACAAAUCCCCCGAUAGUUAAAAGGUACGAAGGGCAGUGUGGUCAUUAUUUUUUAAAAUUCAUACUGUUAAAAUGGAGACUGACGGCUGGGGAUCUUUGCAACGUUUAUAAAAUUUUGGGAGCUAUUUGAAACUUUUUUCUUUUGGGAUUUAAGUAUAAAAGGGCCAAACUUUAAGGGGUGCCUCUGUAAUUUUUUCUAUUUUGUUUCUGUCUUUUUGCUUUUAUAUUUCUUCUUUCUUGCUUCUCUUCUUUUUGUUUUUGCUUUUGGGUUUUGCAUGAGGAGGCUGUGAUGGUUCUUGGAUGAGGGUUUUGCUAAGCUGAUGAGUGGAAAAUGGCUAUUUCAUUGACGGAGAGGCAAUCUUGGAUGGUCUGCUUAUAUCUUUUGCGCAAUAGCUCGUUUGAGAUCUGUGCAAGCAUAUGGAAUAAAGAGUUCAGAUUGCUUUGAGAUCUGUGCAAGGCAAGAUCAAAUGGUUGGCAUUGCGAGAGAAGAUCAAUCAUUCUUUUACACGAAAGGUCUCUCCAUUGCAGCGUUGCUUAACCUUCUUGCGAUCCCUUUCAUCAUCAUUGAGAAGGAAGAUUGCCGCACUUCCUUUUGGAAGAUGUGGACAUAUGACAGGAUAAAGCUUGAUCUCCUUAGGCUGUUCUGCUCCCAACCUGGGGUGCCACACCCUGCCACCUCUCUUCAAGGAAAAGAUAUCACAUAUUACCAAGAUGAGUAUGAGAGCCAUCUAAAGAUACACCCUAUAUAUGGGAGAACUGUGCACUCGAUGAGGUUUGAUGAAGAGGCUAAGCACUGGAAGAUAGAAGCUUCUAACACUGAAACCGAAGAGUUAAUGACAUAUGAGGCUAGGUUUAUCAUCUUUGCUACAGGGAAUAAUAGCAAAGGCUUGAUCCCUGAUCAUCCCGGGCUUGAGAAUUUUACAGGGGAGAUCAUCCAUUUCCGAAACUAUAGGAAUGGUGCAAGGUACAAUGGACAAAAGGUUCUUGUUGUCGGAAGAGGGUCACAUGUGAUGGACGUUACUCGUGAUCUUUCGACUUUUGGGGCAAAUCCAACUGUUGCAAUUUGGAACCCG